CGAAUAUCUUAGACCUACAUACAUUAGAAAAAGACUUUAUUUUUUUUUAAUUUUUGAUCAAAAAUCAAGCCUCCUCUUCAGUUCAAUCACGGUGGACCUCCAAAGCUCGGCAUUAGAGGCACGAACAAAGGCAACAGAUGGGCAUCAGACAAGAACAGGAAGAUCCUCUGUUGGUGUCAGGCGCGGAACAAAAUGAACAGCAACAAGAAGAGCGUCGUGAAGAAGAGAAUGGAGGGAGUGUGGUGAGACGAACGUGGUUCGAGUCGAAGAAGAUGUGGGCAAUUGCGGGGCCCUCCAUCUUGAGCAGGCUGGCCAUGUACUCCCUGACUGUCGUAACCCAGUCAUUCUCCGGCCACCUCAGUGACCUCGACCUCGCUGCCAUCUCCAUCUGCACCACCGUCAUCAUCGCCAUCACUUUUGGUUUCAUGCUGGGCAUGGCGAGCGCGCUCGAGACGCUCUGCGGCCAAGCUUUCGGAGCCAAACAGUUCAAUAUGCUGGGCAUUUACCUGCAACGUUCUUGGAUUGUUCUGUUUCUUUUUUCGGUUCUGUUAUUGCCCAUGUUUGUUUUUGCUUCGCCGAUACUGAAGCUUCUCGGCCAGUCCAAUGCUUUGGCGGAGCAGUCGGGUGUGGUGGCAAUUUGGCUGAUCCCGAUGCACCUGAGCUUCCCAUUUCAGUUCACAUUGCAGAGGUUCUUGCAAAGCCAGCUGAAGACUGCGGUUAUUGCUUGGAUCUCAGUGGGAGCUCUUGCAGUCCACGUGUUUGUGAGUUGGUUUUUUGUUUAUAAGCUGAGGGUGGGGAUUGUUGGGGCUGCUCUCACUCUUGAUUUCUCUUGGUGGUUGUCCGUUUUUGGACUUUAUGGGUACGCUGUUUGUGGUGGGUGUCCUCAUUCGUGGACUGGGUUUUCAGCUCAAGCGUUUGCUGGGCUCUGGGAGUUUUCUAAGCUCUCUGUGGCUUCUGGGGUCAUGCUCGCGUUGGAGAAUUUCUAUUACAGGGUAUUGAUUAUAGUGUCUGGGUAUUUGCACAAAACUGAGGUUUCUGUUGAUGCACUUUCCAUCUGCAUGACUAUCUUUGGCUGGGAAUCUAUGAUUCCUCUUGGAUUUCUGGCUGCAACUGGGGUUCGUGUAGCAAACGAGCUUGGUGCAGGCAAUGCAAAAGGUGCAAAGUUUGCAACCGAAGUCUCAGUGUUGACCUCCUUGGUUGUCGGACUUCUGUUUUGGUCAAUAACCAUAGCCUUCCAUGAGAAGCUUGCGAUGAUCUUUACCUCCAGCACUUCUGUUACUGCAUUGGUCAAUAAAUUAGCAGUCUUGUUGGCAUUCACUAUUCUUCUAAAUUGCAUUCAACCUGUUCUUUCGGGGGUAGCUGUUGGCUCUGGUUGGCAAGCUGUGGUGGCUUUUGUAAACUUAGGUAGCUACUACUUAGUUGGGGUGCCUCUUGGGGUUUUCUUCGGCUGGUUUCUCGCUUUCGGAAUUACGGGUAUUUGGUGUGGAAUGAUCGGCGGAACUGUGGUUCAGACAUUGAUACUAACGAUCAUCACCGUCAGAUGUGAAUGGGAAAAAGAGGCACAAAAGGCUCAUAUUCAUACAACAGAGGAGCAGCUUCCAACCACUAAUCUCAGCUCAACAAAUCCAUAAUUUAUGUGGCAAGGAGAUGUUUUCUAUUCAUAGUGUGUGAGUGUUCUCUUCCUCUAACACAUGUUUAGAUCUACAUAUGUGAAGCUUGAGUAUGAUCUGACACCAACAUGCCAAUUCGCCACCAUUUUGUUGUUAGCAUAGUAUAUGAUUCAAAGGGGAAAUGCUAAUUAAGAAAUAUAUUUUUCUUGGACGAAUGUUCAUUUCUUCCCCUCCAAUGGUUGUGGACGGUGGCUAGAGAGGAAAAAACCUUAAAACUCCUCAUUUCUCUCUAGAAGAAUAAGGGUUUGGAAAUCAAACCCAGAACCCUAGAUCCGAACAAUAUAUAUCUCUCUCUCUCUCUCUCUUCAAGUAGAUGCUCGAGUACACAGCCUCCAAUUUUGCCACCAUGGACAUGGUUUACUUGGCGGACAAGAGGGCAUGAUACCCUGGGAUCAGCACUUAAGGAAUGUGCGGCUGUUAUUGCACGAGUAGUUCUUCCACCAUGGAGAUGCAGGAUCAGGUUACUGGCCGCUCUGGUUUCUUAUUAUGGCGGUGACACCAAGGCGCUGCUGCAUGUUUGAGCUUUGAUGAAUCAUAUAAUGUCAUAUAGUUUAAGGUCAGAUUCCUGUCAAAAUUUGGUAGUGCUUUUUUAUAUUUAUAGAUUGUUCUUAAAUGAUUUGUAUCAAUGGUCUUUUUUUUUUUUUUUUUACCAUUAUAGAUCUCAUCAUAAAGUCUUCGUAAAUUUGGGGUUGUAUUUAUACACCUAUAAGGAGUGCAUUUGAUUUUUCUUGGAUAGUCUCAGUGUACUUUUUAAUGGUUGCCAUAGAUCGUUUUCUGGGUUCCAACAGACACAAAGAUUGAAGAACCCCAACAAUCAAAUAGAAUCCCUUCCUCCACACUUUCACUACUACCACUCUCUUCCUCGGCUGUAUCCAAAAUGGAGGAAGAGCAGCCGAGAGGCCGUCCCUCUGGUGGGUGCUGGUCAGAUCUUGGAGUACUCUUGAAGAGGUUGCAGGGCAAAUGAUUCAGAGAGGGAGGGAGAGAGAAGAGAGAAAAGAAUUAAAAAAAAAAAGUUAUAAUGUAGCAAAGUUUCUUAUGAUGCUCUUACAAGAGUAUCAGAGUAUCAAAGUAUGUGUUGAACAUGGCAAAAACUUAGAAAGA